UUACAAGAUACGAGUUGAGUUCAGAGUUCAAAUUUAAAUUGCGCGCCUUUUCUCAUCAGACAAUUCAUCAGUGCAGUGUUAAACAGCCUUGAUUUAGUGACCUGCUGCUCUUCUAAGUGACUGUCUGGAGUUUUAAGAAACAUAUUAUGGGGGGACUUUGGUCGCGAGAAAAAAGUCCCGAAAAACCUAACUUAUUUUUGUCAGCUGUAGCAUCUUCUCUUCGCCUCAGUAGGCUUGGGACAGAUAACCCCAAACUGGAGUGGAAAGUCUGCCAGUAUGCUCUGUUCCCUUAUUUGGUUAAAAACUCAGCUGCAGAGGAUAAUAUUUGUGAUUUGGAGGAUCAUCUAGAGCAGGGUGCUGAUCUCUUGGGUGCAGAUGGCCGAGGUCGGACACCUCUACAUGUGGCAGCAUCAAAUGGCAAUGAAGAAACUGUUAACUUCUUGCUUAGGCAUGGAGCAGAUGUUAAUGCCAUUGAUUACGAUGGAGAAACCGCAUUGCGAGAUGCCAUACGCUCCGGGAGUCUGGAGGUUGUGGAGAUGUUAAUUUCUGCAGAUGCACGUUUGGAAAAAUCCUCAGAGGACCUUGGAACAGAUUUGUGCUGUCUUGCAUUUCUUGGAGACACAGAACAAAUGAAGGUAUGGAUGAAAGCUGGAGUCAGUUUGAAUACUUCUGACGAUCUAGGUCGAACUCCAUUACAUGUGGCAGUGUGCACCAAUCAGAUGGAAAUGGUUAAGUUCUGCAUUCUUAACGGAUCAGACCCUGAGCAAAGAGACAAAAUGAACAUCAGGCCAGUAGAUGAUGCCCAGAAACUUGGGUUUCAUCACUUGGUGGAGCUGUUGGGAAGUUCGAGCCCAAAACAGUGAAGAACCUUGUGCACAAUUAUUCGCGACAUAUUACAUUUGUCAUUUUAUAAUAAUUAUAAUAUUUAUAACAUUUAAGAUUUUAUAUUAUUUGUGUAGUGUUUAAUAAGGGAAGAAAAAUGGUAAAUAAAGAAUUAAAAUAAACAGUAAUGAUAUGAACACAAAA